AUGCAUCCUCCCACUCCCCUUCCCUACCCCUUCCACUCGCUCGAGAACCCAUUAUUCCACACGCCGCGCACGCCGCUCGCACAACGCGGCUCCAGCGUCCACAUCGGAACGUCCCCCCGCGCGCUCGCGUACAACAACUUGGUCGUCCCCUCGCCGCCCAUGCUCAGCAGGCCCUUCUCCGCCCUCUUGGGCCAGGAGCGUGCCGGCGUCGACUCGCACCACGACAGCCCUAGCAGUGACGGGUCGACUGGCGAUGACGCCGACGACGACGGCGAGGUCUUAACGCCAGACACGACGGUCUUGCUCACCGAGGACCUUCCCCACGCCGACGCCUUCCCCGUCUCGUUCACCCCGCGCCGUCUUCCUUCGCGUGUCUCCACCACCGCGACGAGCUCGAGCACGAGCAUUCCGCUCAACAGGCCGGCCCUAUCCCCCACUGCCCUGCUUCCCCGGCUCGUCCGUGACGCGGUACCUGAUCAACUCUCCCUCGGAUCGUCGGCGACGUACGCUUCGGCCGAUGAGAGGGGCGUACCGGCGUACUUCCCGUACGGGCACGGCAGCUACUCCUGGGCGCAGCUCGGGUUCCAGAGCAAGUAUCGCGACGAGGAAGACUUCAAGAGGGAUCUCGAUGGCUUGUUCCCUCUGGAGGACGAUGCAGCUGGUCUGCCCAAGGUGUCCUCUAACCUGUCGUCUCCUGCGCGCUCAGUCUCGAGCGGCGGCUUCCAUGCGUCUGGCGGCUCGGCGGCGACGGACACGUCCUCGGCGGCUGUCAUUCCCUGGACCCGACCACAAAGCCUUCUCACUCCACCAAAGCCAAUGUCCGACCUCGACCACGAGAGCGAGUACAGCGCACCAUCUUUCGUGCCCAUCUCCCCGGCCCCUUCGGCCUAUCAAGAAACAUCGCGAAGUAUCAGAGGCGACAAUGAUGACGACAUCACCCUGGGCGAACCGCCUCACAGUGCCGCGCCGCUGCCCAGCAAGGCCGUCAAGAAGGCGCGUGUCCACAAGAGUCGGGUCAGCGAUGAGCUGCCCAAAGCCACGAUCGCCGAGUCCCCCGAGUCAACCGGUAUUGUGGCUGACGAUGACAACGGUUCGGAGCAACCAGCCCGGCUGAACAACAAAAGGACCUUCAAGGUGGCGUUGUGGGAGUGA